CUGUUUGCAAAGCUUUGCUAAAUCCUGACUCAUCGCAGCUCUGGGUCACAUGCUGCUGUCCCGGCCCUAUCAGGGGCGUCUCCAUCCUGCUGCUGCCGCCACCGUUGGCUUAGAGGACACAUCAUCUCCCCUUGAGGUCCUGCAUCCCUCCUCAGCUUCGUCCUCUCUCCUUUCUACCACCACUUUCUCAGUCUCUCGUCCACCCCUGCCCUAGGAAGACUCACCAUGGCAGUCGAGAGGAUCCAUGCCCGUGAGAUCCUGGACUCCCGUGGGAACCCCACCGUUGAGGUUGACCUCUACACACACAAAGGCAUGUUUCGAGCAGCCGUCCCCAGUGGAGCAUCCACUGGUAUCUACGAAGCGCUGGAGCUGCGAGACAACGACAAGUCACGUUUCCUUGGAAAAGGGGUCCUGCAGGCCGUGGAUCAUAUCAACAGCACUGUCGCCCCAGCUCUCGUGGGCUCUGGCCUCUCUGUUGUGGAUCAAGAGAAGAUAGACAAUUUGAUGCUUGAGAUGGAUGGCACAGAGAACAAAUCCAAGUUUGGGGCCAACGCUAUCCUGGGAGUUUCGCUGGCCGUGUGCAAGGCGGGAGCUGCAGAGAAGGAUGUGCCCCUGUACCGGCACAUCGCUGACCUGGCCGGCAACUCUGACCUCAUCCUUCCUGUGCCGGCUUUCAACGUGAUCAAUGGAGGUUCCCACGCAGGCAACAAACUGGCCAUGCAGGAGUUCAUGAUCCUGCCUGUGGGAGCCGAAAGCUUCCGCGACGCCAUGCGCAUCGGGGCUGAAGUCUAUCACAACCUCAAGAGUGUCAUCAAGGAGAAGUAUGGCAAAGAUGCUACCAAUGUGGGUGAUGAGGGAGGCUUUGCUCCCAACAUCCUGGAAAAUAGCGAAGCUCUGGAGCUGCUCAAGGAAGCUAUUGACAAGGCGGGCUACACAGACAAGAUCGUCAUCGGUAUGGAUGUGGCAGCCUCCGAGUUCUACCGCGACGGCAAAUACGACCUGGACUUCAAGUCCCCAGAUGACCCAAGCCGCUACAUUUCUGGAGAUGAGCUGGGCGACCUCUACCAAAGCUUUGUACGUGAUUACCCAGUGGUCUCCAUUGAGGAUCCCUUUGACCAAGAUGACUGGGAGGCCUGGUCUAAGUUCACUGCCAAUGUGGGCAUUCAGAUAGUGGGAGAUGACCUGACAGUGACAAACCCCAAGCGCAUCGAGCGAGCUGUUGAAGAGAAAGCCUGCAACUGCCUCCUGCUCAAAGUCAACCAGAUUGGAUCUGUCACAGAGGCCAUCCAAGCCUGCAAGUUGGCUCAGGAGAAUGGAUGGGGUGUGAUGGUGAGCCAUCGGUCUGGGGAGACUGAGGACACCUUCAUUGCUGAUCUGGUUGUAGGACUGUGCACCGGGCAGAUAAAGACGGGUGCUCCCUGCAGGUCUGAACGCCUGGCUAAAUACAACCAGCUCAUGAGGAUUGAGGAAGAGCUUGGCGAUGAAGCACGCUUCGCCGGACACAACUUUCGCAACCCAAGUGUUCUUUGAACGUUGUCCCCAGGGCACAGCCACCUUGCUGCUCUUUCCCACCUCACAGACUCUGAAGCCCCCUUUCCCUCCACUGCUCCCUUUUUUGCUCUUUCUCCCCACUCUGUCACCUGGUUUCCUCUCACCUCGAAACCCCUCGAGUUCAGGUGUCCCUGGCUAGUUGUACCCAGGUGAAGGAUGAGAGAGCGGCCUACACCCUGUCCCUUGCUGUGGGGCCAUAAGCAUUCCUGGAUCUAGGCAUUGUGUGUCUCUGUUGUUCGUGCAGGGCCACGCCUGGGCUGCUCUGCUCACGUGCCAGACCAUGAGAGCGGUUGCCCGGCGUGUUCCCUCGUACGCCGAAGCAUGUGCGGUGACCAUCCGUGUGCCGGCCGGCGUGCUCGGACACCGCCGCGCCCGCGGCCGCGUCCAGCCGAGCGUUGCAGCGGCUCGCUCUCGUUGUGCAUGUGUGUAGGUGUGUGUACGUGUCCUGCCUACGGCGUCCCCGUGCCCCGGGCGUGUCUGCACCGAGCCCCGGUGGGACCCGCGCGUCCCUCGCCUCCACGCCGGCGGUGUCGUGUUGGGCUGUGCUGUGUUGGGCUGUGCUUGCCGGCAGCUUGGUGUUGAAGUGCACUGCUGUCCCACACUGGGUGUGCGUGUGUGUGCGUGUGCGUGUUGUCAGUCUCUGGCUCAGCACAUAGUACUGCGGGGCAAUAUAUUAAAGCACAUCCCUCAACGAACCCAUGCUCUCAUUUGCUUCUUGUGACCUUUUUCUCUCUGUUCCCUUCCCUCUUGCACUCCUUCACCCUCCCCUCCGCCCAUGAUGUCUGCUUCACCUUGUGGACAGCCCAUGCUCAGCUGAGCAACAGACAAACUACAGAUCCCUAAACUCUAUUAAAAUGUAUUUCACACCUGA